AUGGCAUCUUCAUCAUCUUCUCCUUCUGCUCCGGCAUUUUCUUCUCAAUCAUGGAAGUACCAUGUUUUUCUUAGCUUUAGAGGAGAAGAUACUCGCAGGAAUUUUGUAGAUCAUCUCUACUCAGCUCUUGAACAGCAAGGGAUCUACACCUACAAGGACGAAGAAACACUUCCUCGAGGCAAAUCGAUCGGUCCAUCUCUUAUGAAAGCUAUAGAAGAAUCUCAGAUUGCUGUCAUCAUAUUCUCAGAGAACUAUGCAGACUCUUCAUGGUGCUUAGAUGAACUUGCAUAUAUUAUGAAAUGCAAGGAUACAAAAAGCCAAAUCAUUAUCCCCAUAUUCUAUGGUGUGGAUCCCUCUGAUGUACGAAAACAAAAACGAAAAUACGGAGAAGCAUUUGCCAAACAUGAGUUAGAGAACAAGAAGAAAGCUAAAUCUUGGGGACAAGCAGUUACGGAGGACCUUUGGGGAUGGCUCUUUAACCCCCGAGAACAAAACCGAAAAUACAGAGAAGCAUUUGCUAAACAUGAGUUGGAGAACAAAACCAAGGUUGAGUCUUGGAGAAAAGCACUUGUGGAUGCAAGUAACCUUUCUGGAUGGGAACCCAAGCAUGUUGCCAACGGGCAUGAAUCAAGGGUUAUCAAAGAAAUUGUUGACACGAUUUCACAUAGGUUGCAAUUAGUACCCUUAAGUGCCAAUAAGAAUUUGGUCGGAAUGGCGGCUCGGAUGCAACGUUUGAAAUUAGAGUUACAAAUUGGGUCGGGAGGUGUGCGCAUGAUCGGAAUAUGGGGGGUUGGGGGUGGUGGUAAGACUACUCUUGCAUCUUCCAUUUAUGAUGAGAUCUCUAGCAAUUUCGAUGGGUGUUGCUUUGUGAAAAAUAUCCGGGAGAAAUCAAGCAAGAAUGGUUUGGUAAGCUUGCAAAAAAAACUUAUUUCUGGCGUUUUGAAACAAAAGGAAGUACAGGAAUUAGAGAGAGUUGAGGAAGGAAGACGCAUGAUAAUUGAUAGAUUAUGCCAUAGAAAGGUCUUUAUUGUUCUUGAUGAUGUCGAUAAGCUUGACCAACUAGAAGCGUUAGCUGGAUCACAUGAAUGGUUUGGUGAAGGAAGCCGAAUAAUAAUCACAACUAGAGAUGAGCAUGUAUUAAAUGCAAACAGAGUCGAUGUUAAGCACAAUAUUAGCUUGUUAAACAAUGAUGAAGCUAUUAAGCUCUUUCGCAAGCAUGCACGCCGGGAUUACACAUCCAUGGAAGAAUAUGAGCAGCUUAUAAAAGAGGUGGUCUCUUAUGCUGGUGGGCUUCCAUUAGCACUUGCAGUUCUUGGUUCCUUUCUAUGUGACAAAAACAUUAAUGAGUGGAGGAGUGCGUUAGCCAGGCUGAAAGAGAUUCCAAAUGAUAACAUUGUGGAAACACUAAAAAUCAGCUUUGAUGGACUUACAAAGGUUGAAAGAGAGUUGUUCCUUGAUAUUGCAUGUUUCUUUAGGGGGAGGGAGAAAGACGAGGCAAUGGAGAUACUUGAGGCUUGUGGUUUUCAUCCAGUUAUAGGAGUGAAGGUGUUAAUACAAAAGGCUCUCAUAACUAUUUCAAAAGAUGGACAUUUUGAGAUGCAUGAUCUGGUGCAAGAAAUGGGACACCACAUUGUUAGAGGGGAACGUCCUAACAAUCCUGAAAAACAUAGCAGAGUUUGGAAGGAGGAAGAUGUUGCAAAAAUAUGUGAUAUAGAUGCAACCAAGGAACUUGACAAUAUUGAAGCAAUUAUAAUGGUUUUCCGGUUUCAGCCAGCAAAAAAUCAAGAACAAGAUCUUCAUUCGGUUGUUGCAUACAUGAAGAACCUUCGGUAUAUAGAAUCGUUUGGUGAUCCUGCAAAAUCAUUGUUUAAUGACAUUCCACUAAGGGAGCUUUGUUGUCUUAUAUUGUUCUCGGGUUCGCAAAACCAACUUUGGGAGGGUUGUAAGUUGCUGCCAAGUUUGAAGUUAUUGAGAAUUUGUGAUAUGUAUAACCUAAUCAUGACACCAGAUUUUAAUGGCCUUCCAAAUCUUGAAAGAUUCCGUGUGUAG